CUGCUAAUGGGCGCGUUUGGAUGUGCCUAAAAUCGCAAUCGGUUUGAGAUUCUGUGAGCUCGUGGCAGCACGAUAAUAGGAAACAGUACCAUUUUUAUGUGUUUUCUGCCUCGAUUCAAGAUCGACGGAUUUUCAGGUCAGUGGCAUUGAAUUUGGCGUAUAAGCAUUCUGCUUGAAUCUGAUUUUGUAGGGAUAUCCAAACGCGCCCUAAGGUGUCGCUUGCUCGUGUGGAAAUGCCUGCUUGCGGAAACGGAUUCGGAUACAGCAAUAUCAUGGCGAUUCAGCUAUUUCCGAGCUCAUUUGCUGUCCGAACUCGUACAGUUGUAAAUAUGGGAUGUGGAGGUUCGACCUUGGUUAAGUGAUUAAGUGGCUGCAAAAUAUUUAUAGCCAUAGUUGGGUAUUCAAUUUUGGGUCCAUGGGAAAGAGGCAUGUUGUCAUUGUCUCUUCAUCGGAUGAUGAGGAUGGAGAUCGUUCAGGGAGUGCAACUUGCAGCUCUUUCAAAUCAAAAUUGGUCACAUCAGUUAGUCAGAAGAAAUGUAAAAGUUCAAAGGUGAUUGACUCAAAUGAUCGAUCAUAUAAAAGAUCCCGUAAAGUAGAAAAGGAUAACUUCGACACGCUUUUUGAAGAUUUUUGUGAAGAUCUUCAUGGGUUCAACGGGGACCCUGCUGAGAGGAAAAGAAAAGAUGGACCAGAUUCUGGAUGGAGGGACACAAAGGAGCUAUGGGUUGAUAAGUAUAGACCCCGUUCCUUGGCAGAGCUUGCAGUUCACAAAAAAAAGAUUGAAGAAGUCAAAGUGUGGCUGGAAGAAAGGCUUGGAACUUCAAAGGAUGCAUUUCGUAAUUAUGCUCUUGUUCUCACUGGGCAAGCUGGAGUUGGGAAAUCUGCAACUAUUCAUGUUAUAGCAUCCCAACUUGGAGCUGAAUUGUGUGAAUGGAGGACUCCUACGCCCACCCUUUGGCAGGAACAUUUAUAUAACACGAAUUCAGGAUUGCGCUACAUGUCGAAGUUGGAUGAGUUUGAAACAUUCGUGGAGAGAAUACGGAAGUAUUCAUUGCUUCCGUUGGCCUACACGGGAGGAUCAAAAAAAUCAAUUAUACUCUUAAUUGAUGAUCUUCCUGUGACAAAUGGAAGAGUUGCUUAUGGGAGACUUAGCAAAUGCUUGCAUUUUCUUGCUCAAUCAACUCAGAUUCCGACAGUUAUAUCGAUCACGGAGUAUUGUAAAGUUGACUCUGGUGACAGUACAAAUUAUUUGGAGGAACUUCAAUCAUCUCUUGAGAGAGCUGGUGCUUCCAAGGUGGCUUUCAAUCCUCUUACUGUAAAUUCCAUUAAAAAGAGUCUUUCUAGAAUAUGCGGAGAGGAGCAGUGUAAUGUGUCUGGCGAAUGUGUAGAUCAGAUAGCAAAAUCCAGUGGAGGUGACAUCAGACACGCGAUAACAUCUCUACAAUACUUCUGUCUGAGACCAGAUCUGAUGCUUUCUUUACCUUUAUCUGCUCUGUCAAUCACUCAUUCAAAGGGAAAAGAAGACGUGAUCAAUUCGUUACAAUUUCCAAGUGCUGGUUGUGAGGCGGAUUUGGAUGACAAAUUUCUGUUACCAUUUGGCAGAGAUGAAACGCUUUCUCUGUUUCAUGCUUUGGGGAAGUUUCUGCACAACAAGAGAGAGACUGUAUCUGCUGCUGGUUCAGAUCCAUUUCUUCUACAGGAGAGGUUUGUGAGGUUUCCGCUAAAAAUGGAUGCUCCAGAGAAAGUUCUUAGUCAAGCACAUGGACAAGCAAGGCGGAUUGCUGAUUUUCUUCAUGAAAAUGUGCUAGAUUUUUUAAGUGAGGAAGCAAUUGACGAUGCAUGGAGUGUUGCCUCUUAUCUAAGUGAUGCUGACUGCUUUCUCAAUGCUACUUUGCAUCGGCCCAUCUCGCGGAUGAUAACUGGCACAUAUGACCAGCUCGAAAAUGUUGCAGAACUAGUUGCUGCUUCAGUUGCUGUGCGGGGGGUGAUGUUUGGAAAUUCACAUCCCUCACCAUCCAGGUGGCACUCCAUCCGUAGCCCGAAGCUUUGGCAGGUUGAGCAGUCCUAUCGUCAUAAUAAGAAUCAAAUGGUGGUAGCUAGAUUGGAAGCUUACAAUAGCUUUGGCUCAUCUGGAUUGUCUGUAAUGGCUACGGAGUACAAGCCCGCCCUUAAAUGGCUCAGAUUUAGAGCUUCUGAAGAUCCUCAAGUCCACAAGAAGCCAAUUAAAGGCAGAAAGGCAGAAAGCGAUUACUCCAAUCAGAUGGUUCUAGAUGAAUUAAAGGCCGAAAGUUCAGCGGAAAGCGAAGGGGAUGAAAUAGAAGAUUGGUAAGCAUAUUCAUGCUGUUGCUCUGGAAAUGUGGCAUGAAUCCUCAGGCAGCCUAGCAUGUUCUUGUUCUAAUAUUCUUUCUUUUUACUGUCCUAUUGGUUUGAGAACUACAAAAAUCUGAUGAUGGGUCAAUUUCUGUAAAGGAAUUAUUAGAACUGUUAUGAUCAGAUUCCGCAAAUGGCAUGCUGGAAUUUGUCUGGGCUAAUGGAUUCGCUGCCUUUCAUUUUGUAAAUGCAUGUAAACAAUGGGUGAUGUUUCAGCGACUGGGAGAGUCUGGGUUGGGAUUCUUGACUCAGUUUUCAGACAA